AUGUCCAUGGACAAGAUCCACUCCUCCGCCGCCGCUCCAGCGGCCGGGCCCUACUCGCAAGCCAUCAAAGCCGGCGGCACGAUCUACGUCUCCGGCCAAAUCCCCGCAGAUGGCUCCGGCGCAUUGAUCCAAGAAAGCAUCACGGCCUCCACGAAGCAGUGCUGCACCAACAUCCAGAAGAUACUCGAGGAGGCUGGCAGCAGCAUCGACAAGGUCGUGCGCUGCGGCGUCUACCUGACCGAUAUGGACUACUUCCAGGAAAUGAACGCUGAGUACGAGAAGUGGUUCUCCCAUAAGCCGGCGCGGAGCUGCAUUGCGGUCAAGCAGUUGCCGAAGGGCGUCAAGGUCGAGAUCGACUGCAUUGCGCUGAGUUAG